CCACAUCAGACACUGGCUGCUAAUUAGACAGUGUGUGUGUCAGUGAGAAAGAGAGGAAAGGAGGGCGGGAGAGUAAUAGAAGAGAGAGAGAGAGAGAGAGAGAAGAAGAAAGAGUUCUUACUCAUUAAGCGAUCGUCCAAGUUCAGCUAAGCCCACACUCUCUCUCUCUCUCUCUCUCUGCUGUACACACGCUCACACAGCGGUACACACACACAUCGAUACAGACACAAACAGAAAGCAGAAGUGGAGAGAGGCUCUGGAUUUGGGGCGACGUGGUUGGUUAUGGCUCAUGGUUCUGACAGUAGUGAUUCCAGUUGUGUCAAAUCCCCUUCGCCAGCGAGCAGCAGGCAGGGCUCCUCAGACAACAUAAAGAAAGUAAUGAGAAGAGAGAAGAAUCGUAUCGCUGCCCAGAAGAGCAGGAUGAGACAGACCCAGAAGGCAGACAGUCUACACCUGGAGAGUGAGAACCUAGAGAAGGAGAACACAGCACUGAGGAAGGAGGUGAAGAGACUAACAGAAGAGGCCAAGUAUCUCUCCUCCGUCCUGACUACCCAUGAGCCUCUCUGCAGCGGCCUGGCUCCUCAGACGACCCAUGACCUCCUGUACUCCCCCCACCACCACGGGAGCACUGCCUUCCACCACAGUAUUGCUGUGUCUCACUACCAACACUGAUCGCCACAGACCAACAAGGGGGACUGGAGAGAAGCUGGAGAAGUUUAGUGACCUUGGUACACUGUGGCACCCUACUUCCUUAGUAGUGCACUUCUUUUCAUCAGAGCCCUAUGGGUCAAAAAGUUGUGUACUAUAUAGAGCCACAUGGAACAGGAUGUGUAGAGGAUGGAGUAAAGACUGGCAUUUUGAAACGUCACAGAACAAGCAGCACUUAGGAAUGGUUUAAAAUAACAGAUUUUCUUAUUUUGAAAAGAUGCCAAAAGGCAGUCUGAUAUAUAAAAUAACUUCCAAACCUAUCUCUUUGACGCGACUGUAGAAUCAAUCAAAUGGACAAAAUGCAAAUAGUCCAAAACCAACAUUUUUUUUAACCUUUAUUUAACCAGGCAAGUCAGUUAAGAACACAUUCUUAUUUUCAAUGACAGCCUGGGAACAGUGGGUUAACUGCCUGUUCAGGGGCAGAAUGACAGAUUUGUACCUUGUCAGCUCGGGGGUUUGAACUCGGAACCUUCCGGUUACUAGUCCAACGCUCUAACCACUAGGCUACCCUGCCGCAGACAUGAUCACGAUACCAGAACACCAGUUUGUGGAAAUGUUUAUUGUCCUCUAUUCAUACAAAGAUGAAUGAUAUAAAUGAUUCCGGUUUAUGUGUUUACUUUUUUUUUCUCUCGUAUAUAACCUUUGACCCCUUCAAUCUUGGAGGGUUACAGUGUUUUUGUGCAUUGCUCUUGUGUCAGUUGUAGAUUUGAACUUUUUUUUUUUAUAUAUUUGAAGUAACGCCGAACUGUGUCACUGUUUCUACAUUUUUCAACAGUUUUGUUAUUUUAGUGUUUAUUGGCCCCUAAAAAAAAAAAAAGUGUAAUAGUGUAAUUGUUUUACUGGAAAUACUCAGGAUACAAUCCCACAUCGUAGAUGAUAACAACAGGUUAUUUGUGAUGGAGGUCGAAGAGCAUGUGAUAAAUUGUGUUUUAAUGACUCCAAUGAUGUUGAAGAUAUUCUUGUCGAAAAACAAAAAAAAAUGCUGCUUUUCUAUUUUGAUACCAACAAAUGUAUUAUUUGAAUCAUGUAAGUUCUAUCUGACAACCACUUUGAUAACGAAAUCAUCAUGUCAAUCUGUAUGGGCGCCCAAUAGCGCUGUGUACCUGUAAAUAACGGUAAGGUACGGUAAAGCAUUGUCUCUAUUGUUAAUCUAUGUGGUCGCUAGGUGGCGCUGUGCACCUGUAAGGUACUCUAUUGUUAAUCUAUAUGGUCGCUAGGUGGCGCUGUGUACCUAUAAGUAAAGGUAAGGUACGGUAAAGCAUUGUAUGCUCCAAUAUGAGUGUUUUUCUGAUUGCACUGAGACAGGACUUACACUGUCUAGGUUAGUAUUGUGAUUGUACUUUUAAAAUAUUUUCUGUUGUAUCGAAACGUGUUUUUUAAAAUAUAUAUAUAUAUCUAUAUAUAUGUUGUCUUACUGCACAUGUAGAAAUAAAGUUAACGUUAGAAAAAAAAUGCAAAU